AUCUUAGUUAGUGUAGUAGUACUAGUAAAAGUAUCACAAAAACUGCUGUAAAAUCCAAAAGAAAAAUUUCACCACUUGAUUGCCAAAAACAGCCGAUUCCAGCAGCAAGUGGCAAAAGAGAGAAUCUAUGCCAUCAUCAUCAUAGGCAAUUUUCUCACAAUAGACAAACCCACCAUCACUUUCAAAGAAAACCCCACCUUCUUCAAAUGGCCUUUCCUCACCAUCAACAACCGCUAUUUUUCACAACCAACAAUAUAAUAUUACUACGAAGAAACUUGCCAUUGCCCAUGUGGGCCCCCUCAGAGUUCAUGUGAGCACACAUCCCUACACACACAAUCAUUGAUCCCCUCCCCUUCCAUCAUCAUCACUUCACAAGAUUUCAUUGUACUACACAUUUGCAUAAUCCCCUCACUCUUCUUCUUCUUCUUCUUUAAGAUGUGGAGCAAUCUCCCAAUUGACCUCCUCGCCAACAUCUUCUCCUACCUCCCCCCGGACUCCCUGGCCCGGGCCCGCGCCACCUGCAAAGUCUGGCGCGCCACGGCGGAGCUGGCGGUUCCACGGAACCGCCACCCGCCGUGGUUCCUUGCAUUGCCGGCCCGCAGUUGGGGCCUCACUUCCUGCUACGCCCACAACCCGAUCGAGGACAGCUGGCACAAGCUGGAUCUCGAUCGGGGUGGUGCUAGCCCGCCGCCGCUGAAGCCGAUCGCGGCCAUCGGCGGCUUGAUCCUCAUGAAGCUCGCCUCCGCGACUCAGCUCCAGCUGGCGAUCUGCAACCCCUUCACCGCCCAAUUCAGAGCCCUCCCCGCGCUUCGCGUCGCCCGGACCAAUCCGGCCGUCGGGGUGGUGGCGCCCGAGGGAAGCCGGAGCUUCAGAAUCUACGUGGCCGGAGGGAUGUCGGAGGCCGGCGGAGCGUACGAGCCCACCGUGGAGGUGUACGACUCCGCCGCCGCCGCCGGAGAAUGGCGGGUGGCGGGGGAGAUGCCGGUGGAGUUCGCGGUGAGGCUGACGGUGUGGACGCCGAACGAGAGUGUUUACUCGGGCGACGGCAUGCUGUAUUGGAUGACGUCGGCGAGGGCGUACAGCGUGAUGGGGUUUGACAUUUCGUCGAACAGGUGGCGGGAGGUGGGCGUGCCGAUGGCGGACAGGCUGGAGUUCGCGGCGCUGGUGCGGAGGGAGGGGAAGGUGGCGGUGGUGGGGGGGACGUCGGGAGGAGGCGGGAGGGUGUGGGAGCUGGGUGGAGGGGAUGGGUGGGGGGUGGUGGGGGAGGUGCCGGUGGAAUUGGGGAUGAGGUUGCUGGGGGAGAAGAUGAAUUGGGGGUGUGUCAAGUGUGUGGGGAUUGAUGGGAUGAUGAUAUGUUUGUAUAAGGAUCUUGGUUCUGGUAUUAUAGUUUGGACUUGGAGUGAAGGAAAAUGGGGAUGGGUUCAUGGAUGCUCUUCCAUUCCUAGUAUCCCAAUCAAGGGAAUCUUGCUUCUACCUCAUCUUGCAACAUCAUCGGCCGUGAUUUGAUUUCAUACAUUAAUUAACAUUCAGUUUCAUCAAUAUUGUUCGAUUUUGUUGAUAUACUCCAAUACGUUAUCUUCAUAUCGAUUAAGGAUUUCUUCUCAAUGUUUGUCUAGUUAAUCAAAAAAUGUAAGGUGCGGUGCCUGCUUCUCAGAUGCCUUUAGUCUUUACCUUCUUUCGAUAUGAGAAAAAUAAUUUUCAAUAAUUAUUACAUGCCAAUUUCAUUUUA